GAGGUAGCUGUCGAUCCUGUUUAUCCACACAAAACCGAAAGUGAGCAACAAAACAAAAAAAUGAUGGCGACGAUACACGUUUUUUUGUGCUCUCUUGCUAUUCUUCUGUGGAGCUUUUCCCAUUGUUCUGGGACCGAACAGUUGAACGUGACCUGCCUGGCGUCCUCCGAGUGCAUUCUUCCCUGUAACUUCAGUUCUGAUGGGCAAGGGGCUCGGAUCAUGUGGUACCGUAAGAAGGCGGUAGUCAGUUGCACACGCUACGGGAACACAAGUUUCGUGGUGGGACAUAACUCAGCGGUGGCCCGCUACAUGAACAGGACUAGUCUUUUUGCCGAUCAUGUCCUGGAGGGAAACGCCACAUUGGUUCUCAGGAACGUCACACCGCAAGACCAAGGGAAAUACUUCUGCAUCACCAUGAAGCGACUCGGCUCGGAGGAGUCGGGCAUCAUUGUCCUGAAUGUCAAAGCGCCGGUCCAGGAUAUCAGCAUGGAGUUGAACGACGAGGCCGUGUUCUGCCGGGCUGAUGGCAUCUACCCGGAGCCCACGCUCGUCUGGUCCACAGACCCUCCGACGGGCGACGGGCUCUUCUACAAUAAGACGAAGAUGGAACAGACGCAACUUGGUUUCUAUGAGGUGGAGAGCUGGGUGCCACUGAAGGCGGCCGAAAGCAUCAACCUGGAGUUCAUAUGUGACGUCAGCAAUGAAAUGAACACCAGAAGAGCUCGCUUCAAGCAAGAAGCUCCCAUCCAAACUUCGUCGCACAGUGAGAUCAAGAUUCCGUGCAGUUUCCCGGGCGACGUGGAUACAUUCGACUUGAUCUGGAGGAUCCAUUUUUCGGAGCACAUCCUAUCCAUGAACGUGAGCGGCAUGCAUCACCACCUGACGAUCUCGAAGGACUGGAAAAUCCACGUGCUGGACGGACGAUCGGCUUGGCGGCACCUCAAGCUGCCCAACGUGGUGCCCGACCAUCAGGGCACCUACACGUGCGAGGUGCGAACGUCUCAAGUCACUUACAUCACGCAGACGGAUGUCAUCGUCAUACCAGAUUCAAAUCCUCUGCUGGCGGUUUACGUCACCCUCGGAGUAUUGGGAUUUCUGAUGUCGGUGUCCUUCGGCAGCCUUGGCAUUCUCGGCUUUAAAGUUGGGAAACUCAAUCAGAAGAUGCAACCAAUGUAGGAGGAGGAUAAAAACAACUCAACAAGAACAAAUAUAUCCGGGUCUGAUUUUUGAACAUGUGUACUUCAAUUAAAAAUAUCUUUUUUCAAGGGAGGGGGGGUGAUGACGACUCAAGAACUCAGUUCCGCUGAUACAGCUGCUAAAGCUGCUAAAGCUGCUAAAGCUGCUAAAGCUGCUGUUGGAUUUUUGGUCCACAAUUUGGGAAGGGCGCUCUCCGCGCCUCACGGCAAAAGCCAUAGCCAAUCACCUGUUAUCCAAUUUACUCACCGCGUGCUCGUUUUAUUUCUUCGGUUUCAGGAAAAGGCUAAGACACCGAAACAAAAUUUAGACUUACACAGGUUGGUUGAGUUCAAUCACAAUUCUUGUUAAGAAAGCUCUGUUUUCAGGAAAGUACAAUACAGCGCUGGGCCAUUCGUGCGACCAUGCUCAAGAGCAGAAAGUCUCCA